AUGGCCGCCGCAGACCCCGCCACCGCGGCCUCCUCCUUCUCGCAGUUCUCCUUCCGCCGCGCCGUCUGCCCCUCCCCGCUCCGCGUCUGCUUCUCGCGGCCCCAUCCGCCCGGUCGGCUCCGCGUCUCCUCCACCACCGUCGUUGCUCUCCACAAGCGCAACCCCAAGCGGCUCAAGUACGCCGCCGAGCGCCAGUUCUCGAGAGGGGAUGCCGGGAUGCUGCGGGUGGAGGUGGAGCCCUCCGGCGAGGACUUCUGGAAGCUCGACCCCGUUAUCGACCUCAUCAAUCGCGGCGCCGUCGGGGUGAUCCCUACUGACACCGUCUACUCCAUCGUCUGUGACCUGAGUAACAAUGAAUCCAUUGAGCGCCUUCGCAGACUCAAAGGCAUUAGAGACUCAAAGCCUCUCAGCAUCCUGUGUCGCUCAUUACGUGAUAUCGAUACCUACACAACAGGAUUUCCUCGAGGCACCAACCAAGGGCAAGCUAACAUUUUCCGUGCUGUCAAGCGUGCAAUACCUGGCCCUUACACAAUUAUUUUACCUGCAAGCAAGGAAUUUCCUAAACAGUGCAUAAAGCAUGGUUCUUCCACAAGGUAUGCAAAAAGGAGGCAGGUUGGCGUCCGAAUUCCAGAUGAUCCCAUCUGCCAGGCAAUAUUGCAAAAUCUUGAUGAACCUUUGAUCUGCACAAGUGUCAAAUAUCUAUCGGAGGAUGAAUGGAUACUUGAUCCAGUAAUCAUCGCUGAUCUUUAUGAGCCACUGGGGCUUGAUUUUAUUGUUGAUGGUGGACCUAGAAUUGCUGAUCCUUCUACCGUGGUGGAUAUGAUGGAAACAAACCCUACUAUAAUUCGUCAGGGAAAGGGCCCAAAGCUGGAUUGGAUGGUAGCAAAAGAUGAAGAGGAGGAGGCACAAUCGAUGUUUGCUUUGAAAGCAGCUUGA